AUGGUUAUCACAGCAAUAGGUUUCGAAGGUAGUGCUAAUAAAAUUGGUAUUGGCAUUAUUCGUGAUGGACAAGUUCUAUCAAAUCCUCGUCGUACUUAUAUAACACCACCUGGUGAAGGUUUUCGACCAAAUUUAACAGCUAAACAUCAUCAAUCAGUUAUAUUAGAUUUACUUGAUAUAGCAUUAAAAGAAGCUAAUAUUAAAUCACUUGCUGAUAUUGAUGUUUUUUGUUUUACAAAAGGUCCUGGUAUGGGUGGACCAUUAAUUGUUGUAGCAACAGUUGUUCGAACACUUGCUCAACUCUAUGAAAAACCUAUUGUAGGUGUUAAUCAUUGUAUUGGACACAUUGAAAUGGGUCGUUUAAUAACUGGUGCACAAAAUCCAGUUGUACUUUAUGUUAGUGGUGGUAAUACACAAAUAAUAGCUUAUUCCGAACAUCGUUAUCGUAUAUUUGGCGAAACAAUUGAUAUAGCUGUUGGUAAUUGUCUUGAUCGUUUUGCUCGUUUAUUAAAAUUAUCAAAUGAUCCCAGUCCAGGUCAUAAUAUUGAACAAUUAGCUAAAAAAGGUCAAAAUUAUAUACAAUUACCAUAUACAGUUAAAGGCAUGGAUGUAUCAUUUUCUGGUAUAUUAAGUCAUAUAAAAUCAAUUAUUGUUGGACAUAAACAAGCUCGAAAACAAGGAAAUGAAAGAAAACAAAAUCAAUAUUCAAAUGAAGAUCUUUGUUUUUCAUUACAAGAAACAUUAUUUGCUAUGCUUGUUGAAAUAACUGAACGUGCAUUAGCACAUGUUGGCUCGAAUCAAGUACUUAUUGUUGGUGGAGUUGGAUGUAAUGUACGUUUACAAGAAAUGAUGGGUGCUAUGUGUAAAGAACGACAAGCAACUGUAUGUGCUAUUGAUGAACGUUAUUGUAUUGAUAAUGGUGCUAUGAUUGCACAAGCUGGUUAUGAAAUGUUUAAUGCAGAUAAAAUUCGAAAGGGUAUGACAUUAGAAGAAACAAAUUGUUCACAACGAUUUCGUACCGAUGCUACAUUUGUUAAUUGGAGAGAAGAUAAAUGA